AAAUGAAUUUCAAUUGAGAAAAUGGGCAGACUACCGAUGAAGGAAGGCGGCGGGCGUAAGGAGCGCAAGAAUCUGCGCUCAUCCACGACGUUCGAGACGCGUUUGGCGGCGAUAAAGUAUUACGACGAGAGCGGUGAUAUGUCGUCCACGGUGGAGCGCUUCUUUCCGACGCUGUCGAUGGAGGCCAAACGGAGCAAGAAGCGCGUCAUCUACGCCUGGAUUAAAGACCGCGAAAAAAUCGAGAAGGCCUGCGAGUCUGUGAACACCGCCAAAUCACAUCGCCUGCGGAAGGCAGGGGCUGGACUUACACUUAGUGAUGACGCGGAGAAGUGUAUCCUGGUGUGGCUACGUUCGAUGCAGAAGCUCGGUGUGCCUGUGACUGGGACGAUGCUGUCCGAGCACGCGUUGGAAGUGGCCAAGGAGCUGGGCAUCGACAGCGCUCUCUUCACAGCGUCGGUAACUUGGAGGAAGAGCUUCCUCCAGAGACACAAGCUGGCCAUGUAGAAGCUGACUGGGAGUGUAAAUGGUUGACGAAGCCUUCACCACGAGGUUGCAUCAGCUUUACAUGAGGACAGACUGAGUGGAAAGAGUCUGCUCAUCUGAUGGCAUGGUUGUACUAUGGUGCUCUACGGUAGGUGGUAUUCUUACUGGGACUUCCGCGUAAUAUCGAUGGUUCAAGCUGUUAAAUCAUUGCUAGUGUCGUCGACCUUAUGCAUCAGUUAAUUACAUUGUGCAUACGUUAUUUGAUCCCAUCGAUAUUAUCCACCCAGUGCCCAUGACGGUCUAAGGUCUGCUUCACGCCGUAUUUCCUUUUUUGCUAUGUCCAUGGCGUCGGUCAACGAGGUCUCCUGGAUGCAUCGCGCGCAGAACGAUCUCUUACACUCGAUCAAUUCCCUGGUGUUGGGGUCCGCGACGCACACUAGCCUCUUGACGC